AUGUCCGACUCUUUCACAAGUUCCUCGUACUACUACAGUUCCACAACCAACGGCAGCGACGGCAAAACUACAACCGGACACAGGUAUUCAACAACUUCAUACACCGAACCGGACGGCACAACAAUCGUACGUACCGCCCAACAAAAUUUAGGCCAACCAGCAGUCGUUGAAGAGCGGCGCUACGACAACACAGGACAGGAACAGCUGGCUUUACCAGAGCCCGCAGGUGGUACUUCUGCAGGUGGAAUACGGCGCAUCACCGAUCUAGAAGAUGAUGUUUCGGAUUCCAAAAAUUCCCCAUCCCAAAAUAAAAGUUCCACACCCAAUGUCCUUGCUGAUAUUGGUGGUUCGGCGGCUCAACUCUUGGAUGGGGCCAGCGAGGACGAUUCGUUUAAUAUGGCUUCUUCGGCGCUGGGGUCUAGGGUUUAUGACCCCGUGACUGGCUCUUAUAACGACCCAUCCGAGUAUGAUAUCGGUGGUGUAACCAGGCGUCAUAGGGAUAUGAGGAAUGAUGGUGGCCGGAGGCUCGGACGGGAUGUGGAUUUCGCUGGGGAUGGCCUCUCGUCUACAGCGCGGGAGAACCGUGCGUAUGAGAAUCCUAAUACAGGCACUAGACUGCGGAGAGAGAGUGAUAUGGACGUUAGGAAUGUACUCUAG